AGCUUAGGCAUUUCCUCGGUUAAUGCCGUUAACAUCGCCGCUAUUAAACGACACGUAGCCGAGCUCCAAAACGAAAUCCCUAGGAUUCAACUACAACUGGAUGAGCAACAAGAUCAGCUUACCCAAGUUGGGAAAACAGUCUUAGAUACCGUCCUUGUUGUUAACACCCACAGCACGGAGUUGACUAAACUAGCUAAAGCUGUCACUGAGUUAUCAUCCGUGAUACAAAUAGACUACGCUUACACUCAGUUAAUAACCAUGCUUCUUACUGACAUGCUAAGAGAGAUCAGUUCAUCGAUCGACACCUUAGUAAUCGGUAAGAUUCCACCCUACCUUGUAUCGUUACAAAUGGUCCAAGACAUCUUGCUAACGACCACCACCGACAGAGUAACUCCCUGACAGGCACAUCUAGCUUAUGUUCUCGGUAGCGCCGUUCCUCUCCACGUCGACCCCGCUGCACGCGAAAUA